UGAUUAAUAGUUACUUUUUUAGAAUAUUAAUUACUUUUCCCCAACCUCCUCGUCAAUCACUAAUUAUCGACUGCCGUAUUUUUUUCGCAUAGCAGCAAAAAAAGAACUACGGCAUUUUAUACUUUAACCCUUUCAUUCUAGCUUCAUUGUUUAUAUACAGAAUGUCGACAAACUACACUUACGAUUACAUUAUAAAGUACAUUAUUAUCGGAGACACGGGUGUCGGAAAGUCAUGCCUACUUUUACAAUUUACUGACAGACGGUUUCAGCCAGCUCAUGAUUUAACGAUUGGUGUGGAGUUUGGGGCACGGUUUGUGGAUGUUGAAGGGAAAAAAAUUAAACUUCAGAUUUGGGAUACGGCUGGGCAAGAAUCUUUUAGAAGUAUAACGAGAAGUUAUUACCGCGGUGCUGCUGGAGCUUUGUUAGUUUAUGAUAUCACCAGGCGUGAAACCUUUGACCAUCUUCUCAUCUGGCUGGAGGAUGCCCGUCAACAUUCCAAUUCCAACACGACAAUAAUGUUAAUUGGUAACAAGAGCGAUCUUGAAUCUAAACGUGCCGUCUCCUAUGCAGAAGGUGAAGCAUUUGCUCAACAACAUGGAUUAUUUUUUAUGGAGACCUCAGCAAAGACAGCGGAUAAUGUUGAAGAAUCAUUUGUAGAUACCGCCAAAGAUAUUUAUGAAAAAAUUAAACAAGGGGUUUUUGACGUGUCAAAUGAAUCGAAUGGCAUCAAGGUUGGAGGACAUUUGCAACCCAAAACUUUACCACUUAAUACAGACAAUGGGAAUAAUUGUUGUUAAUACUAUUUUGGUUUAAUCAUCCUCACUCUGUUCAUCUAACUUAUACAUUAUAUUUUUACACACAUUACAUCAUAUGUUACUACUAUAUUGUAAAUGCAAUUCUUUUUUUCCUUUCCUUAAUACUU